AUGAAAGUUCGCCUUAUCCUGGGUAUCAUGCGUUCUUCGUACGUUCUCUUUACUUUUCCGACGAACCCACAAGAUAUAUAUAGAGAGAGAAGAUCAUUGUAUUCAUUCUAUCUUUCAAUUGAAACGAGAAGCAUAGCAGAGAGCUUAAACAUUUUCCUUCAUGAUGAGCGAAUCAGUAUCGUUGGUGGUCGAUGGGUGAAAGACCAAGAAGUUCAUUUAGUAAAAUUAUCAUCAGCGGAAGAUAUUUUCAAACUUUCAUGGACUGAACCUACUGGUACAUCGGUUAGUUUGUCGAUCAAUUUGAAUGAACGUCGUCUUCAUGGAACAAUUUUCUUUCCUCGAUGGGUUAUGAAUGAACCGCAGAAAACGAUAUGUUUUCAAAAUGAUCAUCUCGAUGAAAUGUGUCGAUAUCGUGACUGUGGACCAACAUAUCCAAUAGAAGUUAUUGAUGAAUUUGCUCAAAUUAUGUUUGUGGAAGAUUGCCGAGCAAACGACGAAACAAUCAUUGCCUGUGCAUCGUCUGAAUUACCCAGUAGUUAUAUUAAACGUCUGAACUGA